GCGCCGUGGUGGCGAAUGGCAGGCACGAAGUCUUCCCCACCACCACCAUGUCUUCCCUCUCGUCAACGGCCGCUGCGGCUGUGUCUUUUGAGCAGUCUACCCCUCAGGAUGAAGCGAUUGCUCUUGCACGUUUAUUGGAAACCUCUACUGCCAUCCUGCGCCAAGGGGUUGACCUUGUGGAGAAUGGACUCACUUCCGACGAUCAACUCACGACGCACUCUAACUAUAUUCCUGGCUCCACAAUAGGGAAGCACUUGAGACAUGCUAAGGACCACUUCACGCUGCUCCUUGACGCCGUAUCUCAGCCAACCCCUCAUGUCCUGAAUUAUGAUAAGAGAGCACGCAAUACACCGAUGGAAAGCAGCCGGACUGCUGCGCGGGAUUCCCUAAACGAUUGCAUUGCGCAGCUGCACAAGGUUGUGCCGAACGCAAAGUGGUCGGGACCCAUCACUCUGCAUGCCGUGACGCCUUUCCCUCAGGUGAUGGAGACCACAUUUGGUCGGGAGUUGUGGUUCGCUGGGUUGCAUGCAAUCCACCAUUGGAGCAUGGUUCGCGUUAUUGCUGGAGAACUGGGCAUCAAAAUGGAGGAAUCGUUCGGAUUCGCGCCUUCGACGUUGGUGCACAAGGCGUCGAAACCAAAGAUGUAGUUCUGGCCGUUUCUUACAUUGCCCCUCCUGGAUAGCGCGCGGCACGCCUCUAGGAUAGAUACGCUGCUAUACUGGUCACUAUAUGUAUAUCCAACGGUUAACGCCGUGUUAAUCCAUAAUGUCUUGUCC